AGACCCAGGAAACCGCACUUGAGGCCGUCAGUGAAGGCAGACAGGCCUUGGUUUGGGUAGAAGAUUGCUGGACUGGUGCAGCGUCGUGGGUGGUUGCUGAGUUUGUUCGUCAAAGCCGCCCCCCAUCCCAGCACCGCCCUCAGCCCAGAAUGAACUUCGUGUACAAAAGGAAGCAUCCAUUGGAGAAGCGCCGCUCUGAGGGCGAGAAAAUCCGAAAGACAUUCCCAGACCGGGUCCCGGUGAUAGUGGAAAAAUCUCCCAAAGCUCGGAUAAGAGACCUGGACAAAAAGAAAUACCUGGUGCCUUUUGAUCUCACAGUUGGUCAGUUCUACUUCUUGAUCCGGAAACGAAUUCAACUCCGUGCUGAGGAUGCCUUGGUUCUGUUUGUCAACAAUGUCAUUCCACCCACCAGUGCCACGAUGGGUCAGCUGUACCAGGAACACCAUGAAGAAGACCUCUUUCUAUACAUCUCCUACACUGAUGACAGCGUCUUUGGUCUGUGAAGCAGCUGAGGCGGGGGUCUGGUCUACAGAGAGGUGGCGCUCCUUCCUUAACAUCCAGCUCCUCCAACACCAUCUCCUUUCUUCAGGACCUGCACUUAACCUUUGAGGCUGCCUCUCCAGCCCCUCGGCAGGAGGGUGAUGGUGGAUAGGCUCGGUCCAUCUCUCUCAUCUUUGUCCCCACCCCCAUUCCCACUCAUUUAUACUUCCUGAUUGUCAAUCUCUGUCACAUCCAAUGAUUGUUUUGAUUUCUAUUCCCUUCCUAACUGCU